CUCCUCACGCGUGCAUCGCGCAUUGCGUCUCGCUCUGCACUCUUUGACUCGUCCGUUUCCAUCGCGUAAAGCCAACUUCGCGCACGGCUCUUGAGCCGUACGUGCACGGUAGCAGCAGUUGUGUGCCACAGGCUCCUACAGUGCAAAACGUAGAAACGUACUGGCAGCAGCGGCACCGAGGAAGCGGACUGUGCGGUAGCAACCAGUGACAUCGCGUCGUCGGGGAGUGCGCGAAACUCAGCGUGCGUGCUGGCAGCAGCGCGUCGCGGCCGCCUGCAUGUGUCGCGCGUUUUAUUGACCCUCUGCCGAGGGUUCGACGUCGUCCUCGCGCCGUCUGCCUGCAGGAUCUAACGUCCAGCGCAGCGAGCAGCCGAACAACCAGUGCUCCGUCUUUUUCUUUCUUUCCUCCUGCGUUCGUUUGUCAUUGCUGUGUUGUUGUUUUGGUUCGUGCGGUUUGAUUUUGGUGCCUGUAUACAAAAAAGAAAUUAAUUGUGCGAGCUGACGUGAGAGGACGCUGCCCUCGAAUGGUCCUUUUAAAUCCUACCUGUAUACGCACGCACACAUACGUACGGCUGCACAGCGGCAGUGAAAUGCCGACGACGUACUACCAGAAGCGGUACGGCUGAUCUGUUUUGACAUGUGCGUGGGCUGCCGGCGCAUCAGAUUACAGCAGCAGCCAGCUCGCUAUCAAGGCCGCGAGUGACAGAUAUCGCGCGCGCGCGCGCGCGCUCCUCGUCUGCCCUCGACCCUCGCCGCCUGCCGAGCCCAAGAGCGGAGCGGACCUGACGGUGCUCAUGGAUCUUCGCCCGGCAGUCGCGCGGUGCAGCUAAGGUCGGGCCGUUGAUGCCUGAUGGCGCGCGCUGGCACUCAGCGCUGGAGGAAUCCCGCUCCAGAAGGUGACGAUGUGCAGCGAUCGAUCGAGCUGUUGGACAAGGUGCUCUCCGAAUACGACGAGCACGAGGUCGAGGUCGGCGGCUGCGUCGGCGAAGGCGGCGGUGGCGGCGGUGGCGGCGGUGGCGGCGGCGGCGGCGGUGGCAGCGGCGGAAGCGGGGGUGGAGGUGGCGUCAGCAGCAGUGCCGGACUGGCAACCGACUGCAGCAGCAGCACCGAGCCGAGCAUCGGCCUCACGCCGGACGACGAGAGCCCCUCCUUAGGACACCAAUCCGAGGACGACGGAUACAUGAGCAUGAAUGGCCGGAAAGCGAAGAUGGCAUUGGUAGCACUACGCCCGGUACCGGACUGCCCAGAGCCCCAGGAUCCCGCGGCAGCUCCGGCACAGGAAUUCCCUCCGCCACCAGAAGAGGCUGAACGAAUAAUCUCCACUUUACUUCCCAUGGUUUCUCCGGGAAACUCGACGAAGAGAAGUGGCCACCACCACCACCAUCAGCAGCAGCAGCAGCAGCAGCAGCAACAACGAGAACAGCCGAAUUCGGGCCAGCGUCGAACUGCACGCGGCAUGGCCUGGACUAUUAACAUGGACGACCUGAAACGUCAAGGACACGCUGCCGUUACCACGCAGACUACUUUGCCUAAAACGAGGCAUCAACGGCCCUACGGCUGGGAGAACGGCGGCAACAAGCUGGAGCCGUUCCGGCUGGCGGAGCCGCCGAGUCCGCCGAGCAAGUUCGCCAGUCUGCCUUACGACGGCAAAGUGUCGUUCAACUGGGUUCCAGCGCGCGCGAAUCCCGGUGGCGCCGUGCCCGUCGAUAGCGCUUCCAACGCCAGCAGCAAGCGUCGACACUCCUCCGAGGACGGUCUUGAGGAUCUGCGACAGUCGUCCGAGGACGGCCUCGACGAAGAGGACGAAGUCGACGACGAGGACGCCGACGGAGACGAAGAGGAGGAGGAGGAGGAAGAGGAGGAGGAGGAGGAGGACGACGACGACGACGACGACGACAACGCCGAGCAGCGGUCGAAUCGGCCGAGCUCCGACAAGAAGAGGUCGGCCUCUGUCGCUCACAACAGCCACCAUCAUCAUCACUAUCAUCAUCCGGGCUCGCGAAGGCCGUCGAGGCAGAAUGAAAUCAUCAAAUCGAGCAGUGUGGAGGACCGACUGCUGAUGAACCACAACGGACCUCGCGCGGCAUCGUUGUCAAGUCGAAACCACAACGGUGGAACGGCCAUGAGUGCAGGUUGCAGCGAGCGCUCGGCCUCGGCCCGCAGACGUCGCAACAACUCGGACUCGAGCGAGGGGCGCUUUUCGCGAAACUCAGAAUCCGAGAGAUCGUCGAUGCCGCGCUCGAGCUCGGUGAGCGUCGAGCGUUUCUCCAUGCGGGCCAACUGCGACAGCUCCGACUUCUCGCGGGCCAAUUCCAUGUCGAACGAGCGCUUCCACUCGGAUUUCUCGAUAGCCAUGGCCAGCGCCAGCUCCAACGAUCACGUGAGCAGUGUGCCCUCGGUGGAUCCGUUCUCCAUACGCAACCUCGACUUUGUCUCCUUCAAUCUUCCCCAUGCUGACUCCAGCGAAAGGUUCUCCGCGCAGACUUCUGAUCGCGAGGAGAGAUAUUCCGAGAUAUACUCCACGAGGAAUUCCGAUUUCUCCACGAGAAACUCGACGGAUUUCCGAACGCAGUCCGAGGAAGAACACUUUUCAGACGACUCCUUGGAGGAAUUGCUUCCGCCGCCUCCGGCACUCAGCAAGAGACACAGCAUCGCCUGGGAGGUAUCCCUCGAGGAAGACAUCUACGUGCCCGGUAGUACGAAGGUUGUUGGCAGGAGGAGGCGAAAGAGCAGUGACGUUUCCAGUGUUGGCUCGGCAUCGAAACUGCGCGACUUUGACGACUGGCAAGAUCCUCGUGUCUCCACGACUGACGACGAUCUGAUCUCGCCCUAUUCGGAUUCGUCGACAAACGAUUUGGACAACCUGCGUCCUCAGGAUUUGAGCAAGAGCGGAACAUACGUGAUUCGUCGAGGUCGGAAAAAGGAACGAAAAAUCUUGCCAAAGUCUCCCACGAAAAGUCUAGACGAUGAGCUGGAGGAGACUAGAUUGACCGAGGUGCGAAGAUUUUCCAACACCUUCGACAACAUCAAGAGCUUACUCAAGGAAAACAAGAAGCUGGAAGGUUUGAAAGAACUUCCGUCGGAAUUCGCUAACGCCCAAGCUGCCUCUCAACCAGAUCUCGUGAGCGUCAUUUCCAUAACGCACUCGUCCAGUAAACCAAAUGAGAAGCGCAAUUCCAAGCACAUGGAGGCUGCUGGAACCGCUGCCGAGCAAAAGAUAACGAGCAGCCUUGAAAACGGUUUUGCGGAUAGACCACUACCGGAUAGUCCGGACGAUAGCGAGCCGGUGAAGAUCACCAGCUUUGCCGAGAAAACGAAAGAGUGCAAUGGCAUCACCAUCACCACUUCUAAGAGUCUAGACGUAUCAAAAACUGUAGAUGCUAAAGACGACAUUCCCUCGAGACGUUCGGUCAACAAUGAACAGUACCAUCCUCAACCGCAUCCCCGCUUCGAGUCGAAGAUUCCCGUUAAUCUGCUGAUCGAGGGCGAGAUUGUAAAAAAGGCACUCAAUGAGAACCGACGUCAACUGGAAAAAGUCAGCGACGCCAUCAAGGAGAUCGAGAGCGUAAAGAACAGCAGCGUUACCUUUGACAGCGACAGCACUAAACGGUGGCGCAACGGCAGUUCCAAGCGGAAUAGCUUCGACAGUGAUAGUUGUGAGCGCAGACACCUUGAGCCUGGUCAAUACGACAACAGGCAAGUUGGAAGAAAACCCCAGCAACCACCGCCACCGCCACCACAUGUAGUCGACGUUACUGACGCGGUCAGUAAGAAUGUUACCGACGUUGAGUUCGACCGGAGAAGGUUAAACGGUGGCGAUGUUUACUCAUCUGGCAGAAGAAGGGCCGGAGAUCUUGAGAAUCAUAAAAACGAUACGAAACAGAUCGAGAAUGUGAUCGACGCUAUUCUCGAGGACUCUAAGAAUCCAGACUUCCAGGUGAGCGUGGAGGUACUCGAAUUCCCACCAUUACCGCCAUCACCAGUGGAAGAGGCUGACGAAGAGAGUUCUGACGUUGGCGGUUCAGGUUGCAACGGUACCGCGACAGGCAAUAUAUCGGUCAAGACAAAGCAAGGCCACGGAAAUCGCUCGGUCGAUUAUAGACCACGCGUACCACCACAUCGAGGUAUCAGCCUCGACUCGUCGAGGGAUCAUCAUACUGGCUCCCUUAAUACGAGAUCCAUGGACGCAGCCUAUGCACGACGACGCAAGAUGGCUCCGGGCAUGGCCAAUAGACGCGAGGUACCAGUAGAACGAAGAACAUUGCCGACGGACUUGCCUGGACCGUCGCAUCGUCGGCCUUUCUCGAAACGACACUCGCCGUCAACGGAGGCUUGCUCCUCGGGCGGCAGUGGAGGCGGCGGUAGUGGAAGUGGAACAGUUGCCGCUCAAGCCUCGGGAAUGCAAACCAGCUGCUCGCUGCCGGAGACGCCGGUAUUCGCGCGAGGUAGCGAUAUCCCAAGAACACCACAGCACGCCAGCGGUAAUCCUACGCAGCCUCGUAGACAGCCUGGAUGGUACGCGCCUGCGACCGCCACUACUGGCGACAAGUUUUUAACUGUCGAUCCACGCGAUUGCAGAUACCGAAGAAAUAAUCCAGGACUAGAGCAGGCAAUAAUCGGGACGGAGCUGUUACGACUGGCCGGUGGUCCGAAUCGCGGCUGGUAUCCGACGCGUAACAAGUCCAAUCAGCCACGACCGGCGUCGAUCGAGCAUCUCGAACGGCUGAACAGCGCGUACGAAGCGAGGCUACCCGGUGCUGCCGAGCAGAGGAAACCACUCACCUUACCGACCAACAUCACGCCCAACAAGUACUUCGGCCAAAGUAAGCACACCUCCACCUCCACUACACGCGAGGCGCUACGGAGGGUCACUAGCUUACUCAUCAAGAAAGGUAAGCGCCGGAUUACAUUCUAUUGCCCAUGCGGACUCUCACAUUUAUAGACGUCCGCCACAACGAACUCUACUAAAAUCAGCAUCACUAAAUUCUUUUCUCUCAAUGGUGGCUUUGCGAAAACUCGAUGACGCGAUUUUCUCGUUC